GCAGGGGUGAAGUAAGAGCAGAAGGCUGCAAUUUCACGGGUCCAGGAUCGACACUGAUUUCUCAACCCCAUCGCAAACAAAACAAUUUUGACAGUUCAAACUUGUUUUUAAUUUUUUGUCAUUUUACUCAUUUUCUCUGCUUUUGCUCCUACCAAAAAUGGCGUCCAAGGUCAAAACCGUGUCGCCGGAGAAGAAGUUCGAAAUGGACCUACAGGCAGAGGACGCCUUGAAGCGGAGUAUGGUUCAGUUUAGGAAUUUGGUGAGCGAACGCGGUGCGCUCACCUCCGACGCGGAGCUGGCGCGUUGCAUGAAGGUGAGCCAGAUUUUAACUAGAGAGCACGUUGACGUCCUCCUCGACGUGCUGGUGGCGUGCAGUGCGGGCAAGCUUGAGCAAGACGAGCGGAUGAGAUCCGAACUGGCCGCCCUCGUCGUGGAGCGCGAGGAGUUUUCGAGGAGAAUCAUCGAGAGGAAGCACCACUUGCGGGAACUAGACAGUGAUAUCACGGCGAAGCGCAAGUUGAUUGAUGAAAUUUCGACUCGGGUGCCGUCGGAUUUGCAAAUACUGGAACGCCAGUUGCUUGGGCAAAAAACUCUGGAGGGGCUCGAGAAUAAACUUGACACCUACAUGAAGCAGUUCGGUUUGAUGUCCGCGGAUUCCUGUCGCUUACGGCUGGAGAUCGAGCACCAGCUCAUCGAGAGGGAGAGCUUCAACAAGCUUUGGUACACUUACAUUGCCAAUUUGAACAAAGGCAAGCGGAUCAUGAUGGACAUUGUGGAGCAGGCGACCCUCGCCUACGACCGCAGAGACGAAUGGAUCGCCAGACUGCAAUCGUGCAGAGACUUCGCUUACAACGACUACAUCAGGGCGACUCAAGAGAUGGACCACCUGCAGAAGAAGCUCGACAAAGAUCGCGACCUCAUCGAGUUUGUUGGCGUCAGAGAGCAGUACCGAAACAUGAAGCAGCUGCUCGAACUCAAAAGAAAGCGACGGAUGGAAAAGCGCGAGGAAAUGGAGGAAGAUCUCAGGCGCUACGGUGCAAUUCUAAACGAAAUCCAGAGUUUUAGCCACAUCGAGCCGAAGAAGAACACCGGUAAAUUCAUCGCCAAUUACGGCGCUGUCGAAACGGUAAACCUCGCCAGCUUCGUCUACGUAGAGCAGCUACAAAGUGACAUCGAAAACGUCACCGAGGAGAUAAUGGGAUUGCAGGGAGAUAUCGUUCGACAGCGGAACCUUCAGGCCGCUCGGGCGGUGCAGCAGAAGACCAAGAUCGAAGAUCUGAAGAAACAGUUCCGCGCCGCUAAGAAGGAGGCCGACUCGGCGGAAAGCGCCUCGAAAUCGAUGAGGAACAACUUCCAGAAGAUCUACAACGGCAUCGACAAGCUCUUCAAGAUCUGCAAGUGCAACGUCGCGCCUCUAAUUGAUCUUCUGGGGGAGAACACCAAGAUUAACGAUUUCAAUGUUCUUCUUUACCUCCAGAUCUUGGAGAGCGACGUCGUCGAUCUACUCGCAAAUGCGUACUACAAGCAAAAGACUGCGGCGAAAGCUAAGGGAAAAGCUGCGCCAUCUGUUAUCAGAGAGGAAGCGCUCGUCGCUCCCAUGUACCAAGUAAAAUCUCUCGUCCCCACGAAUCCAUGUCCUUUGUGCGUCGACUUGGAGAUGGUCAGUGACGUAAUUGACACUCUCCAGCAGGUUCAGAGUAAAGAGGAGGUGGAUUUGAAGUUGAAGCUAAGGUUGAAGUUGCCCGACGGUCUCAACCGAUUGCACAACGUAUCAGCCUGUCACCUCCCCAAGUCGAGACAGAUUAUUCAACGACGAUACCAGUAGAUUAGGAUUAUUUUGUUUUAGGU